AUGUCCCUGGAUACGUCCGUUCUUAAAUCAAUAUUGAGUAAGUCGGAUAAUGAACCUCAUAUAGAGAAAUUUGAGGAGCAAGUAGAACAGCAUCAAGUUGAAGUUCCCGCUUUCCAGGAAUGGAGAUUCGAACUUACCAACAAGGAUACACUCAAGAUCAAACUCACUAAAGGAACAGCUGAGAUUUUUGGAACAGAGCUUUCACCGAACUACGAAUAUACGUUUCAAGGAUCUCUCAAAUCAUGUAUUUCUACUUUUUCUGGAUGUACACUUGAGUAUUAUAACUGUCAGCCUUCUUCAGAGUAUGUCGGCGAGGAAACAUGCAUGGGUACACUUUUAAAUUUGCAUUUAGCUCUUGAGAAUAUAAGAGCUAAAGGACCAAAUGGCCCCAGAGUGUUAGUUAUCGGCCCGAAAAACUCUGGAAAGACUUCUUUGUGUCGCGUGAUUGCAUCAUACGCAGAAAAAAUGGAUGGACGGCCAUUAUAUGUUAAUCUAAAUCCCCAGGAACCUGUUUUUACCAUACCUGGAAAUUUAACGGCCACUGCAAUAUCUGGGAUGUUUAACAUAGAAAAUAUCUGCCUUGGAGAGACAAUUACCACAGGCCCAUCCUUUUAUCACCCAAAGCAGCCCUUGGUGAAGAACUUUGGACUCGAGAACUAUAGGGACAAUUUGAAAUUUUAUAAGUAUUUGAUUGGUCAGAUGAGUGGUUGUAUAGAAAAAAGGUUGGAAAAGAGUUCGGAUGUUCGUUCUUCCGGUAUUAUAGUAGACACCCCCGCUUUCCAUAUUGGUGAUCUCGAUGUGAUCCAAUGCAUUAUAGAUGAACUUAAGAUAGACAUCUUGAUUGUUGUAGGAAAUGAGAGACUAUUGGUUGAUCUUAAACGGAAACUAAAAUACGACGAAAAUAGACUCACACUUCUAAAAGUUGCCAAAUCUAGUGGAUGCGUUGAUAUGGAUGAUAAGCUUCAGCGUGAGAUUCAACAGCGGGCUAUUAAAGAGUACUUCUACGGAAUAAGUAGCUCUCCUUUGAGUCCGUACACAAUGGUGGUGAACUUGAAAGAUUUCGUGUUUCUUAAUCCAAAAGUGUUGGAAGCUCUAAAUCUGGCAUUUCUUUCUGGAGAUACUGCUGAUGAUGAUAGUGCAGAGGCUGGAACCGGAUUGGAAGCCAGUGCAGUGACAACCUCUUUUGAUGAUUAUAUGGAAAGAUUGAAGGCUCCGUCCUCAUCUAAUUUAGAGAAUGCAAUUUUGGCCUUUGCUGAUGAUUCAGAUCUGGAAAUGGGAAAGUACAUUGGUAGCCCUGACGAUACAGAAAAUAAUACCAUCUUGAUUAAGACGGUUUCUGGAAGAAAUACUUUGGGAUUCUGCUACGUAUUGCAUUGUGAUGAUGAAAAGGGAAAGCUCAAACUCUUGAUACCUUCACCUGUUCAACAUCUGCCAACAAAAGUUUUGGUUGUGACCCAAUUCAGAUACAAUGAGUGA